UGAUCAGAUCGCUGUUAAUACAGACAACAUAUGCAUUUUCGUAAUUAAUUAUUUGCUGUAUGAUGAGCUUUAUAGUACAGUUAAAUAUCGAUUAUUAGUCGUACCACUGCAGAUAGGCCAGAACACUGUCAUUCAGACGAAGCGUUUCUACUUCCGCUACGCAUUGGAGUUCUUCCUGGUUGCAGUCGCUUGAACAAGCCAAACUAGACAGACCUUAGGAAAAAAUCAAGUUUUGCUUAAUGAAGUCCUAAACUCUUAAAGUAUUGGGGAAGUGAUUGUUGUCGCGCCGUUGAGCACGUAGGAUUACAGAGGAGACGAUCGGCCGCGUCAGCUAUGUGUGAUCUUGUGCGAUGCAAAAAUUCAUUCUGAACCAUUGAGUGAGUGCAUGCAGUCCAAAAUGCCCGACUGCUGUGCCGCAGCGAAUUGUAACCAGAAAUCAGAUCAGUCCGAUAUUGCUUUCUUUAGUUUCCCUCUGGAUCCAGAAAGAUGUAAACAAUGGCUGAAUAAUUGUCAGAGACCAGAUCUUGGGACCAAAACCCCUGAGCAGUUGCACCAGAGUUACAAGCUCUGUGCAAAACACUUUGAUGGUUCCCUGUUGUGUCAGGAGGGUAAUGCAGAGGUUUUGAAGGAUGGAGCUGUUCCUACUAUAUUUGAUAAAUUUAAACCUGAACCGCAGACCUACAGAAGGAAACGUCCAGGAGAACCGAUUGCUGGAGAGCCUGAUGCUGUGAAGAAAUCUAAAGAUGGUGACCUAGAGGAGCUGAACGUGGAGAUCGACAGGGAGGCUGGGGAGAACAGUGCUGAUUGUGAACCGUUGCAGGAUGACAUGGGUGCAAGGGAUGAUCCCCACUCAAAGAGCAAAGAAAUCCUCAAGCUCUACUUCAAGGAGACGCUGGCUCUGACUGGCUUCAGCCUUGGGAACAACACCUCCCUCAGUGUAGCUGGUUCACUGAGUGGCCAGGGCAGCCAGCUGCAAACCAAUCGCCUGUGCGAUGAAAAAGUCGACAAGAAAGAGGUGAUGAAGUUCGGCGAGGACCUCAUACGAGAGGAGAUUCGGACCAGCCUGCGGCACGCCCGCUUCUUCUCGAUCCUCCUACAGGACAUGAUCCGUAUCGAAGGGAAAGAGCAAAUCCCUAUAUUUGUCCGCACAGUCACUGACAUCGGCUUCCCUCAGAAGCACCUCUUAGGGUUUUUGCCGUGCGACGUGGACUGCGAGAGUCUGUUCUACAUGCUUCUGUCGGAGAUCCGAAACAAGUGGGGCCUGAGGAUGGAGCACUGUCGCGGGCUCACGUACCUCACCACAGGUGCAAUUUGUCAGAAGAUGAAGGAGCUAUCCAGCAGGAUAUUGAGAGACUUCCCACAAGUCGUCCUGGCUCCGAGUGACCCAUAUGCCUUUAACAUGUGGCUGAUCCGAUCUAUGCCCAUGCUCUCAAUCCAGAAUGUGAUGAGCGCUGUCGAGGAAGUGGCAGCUCUUCUGCGAGAGAUACCUCUUCUGUGGACUGAACUAGAGCUGAAGAUCUUUUCAACCUACAGCCACAUGAAAGGUGAAGUGGAUCGGAUCAAAGACUCUUGUCAGGGGCGCUGGGAAUAUGGCAUCAAUGCUUUCCAGACCAUGCUGGAUAUCCUAGAGCCAUUCCUGUCUUGCUUGUCAGGAACAAGCAUGAAAGUCGAACUGGAAUCCAGACCAGACACCGCCGAGCAGCUGGCGAAGCUGACUCUGGUGCUGAGAAAUUUCAACUUCAUCAUAACACUGGUGGUGCUGAAGAACACCCUUUGUUGUGUCAGCAUCCUCAACCCAAGUCUCAGGGGAACAAUCAGCAUCAGCAGCACGUUACAGUACACCAUCUCCAAUGCCUUGAAGCUACUCAACAAGUACUUGCAGGAGAUCGCCAUACACCACAGGAAGUGGUUUUCUGAUGCAGUGGGCCGGGCCAAGAAGUUAGGUGUAACAGUCACUCUGCCAGAGGACGCAACAGAGAAUUCCCAAAAUGCUGCUGAGUCCCAGGCCUCCCUUGAGGAUUACUACAGGGAGUCGCUGUGCAGGAAGGUUUUGCACUACCUUGUUGAUGAGGUCAAAAGGGUCUUUAGCACAGAGAUGGUUCGAAUCUUGCGCUGGUUGUCACUGGUGCCAUCCUACAUGGCAGAUCAUAACUUUAGCAUCCGCAGAGAUAAAGUGGCUGAUGCAAACUUGAACAACUUGUCGCGGCCAGACACCUUCUAUGAUGAACUGGGAUGCUGGGAGGUGAAAUGGAGACAUGCCAGCAAGCGAAGGAUCCUGCCAACCACGGUGUUCGCGACGCUGAAAAUACCUGAUAUCGGGUUCUACCCAAAUGUUCAGAGCCUGCUGAGAGUUCUGGGUACGAUCCCAUGUGUGAACGCAGAAGCUGAUGUUUACGGGCAGUAUGACAUGGUACUGGACCGUUACCACACUUACAUGAGGGAAACCCCGGCGGAUCAGAGACUGUGCAAUGCAGCAUUUGUCUAUGUUAAUCAAGAUGUGCAUAUGAACAUGGAAGCUAUGGUGGAGUCCUAUGUCGAAAAACACCCAGACAUGUUGCAGUUGUUGGAGAUGGAUGAAGUAAUGGAGACUGAACCUUCAGCACCUGAGAAUGAUGGCAAUGGUGAUGGAGAAGAAACACAAAUGGUGUUGUCAACAGUAGACAUGGAAAGACCUAAACAGACAGAUUGUUCCGAGACCAACAAGGAAGCUCUCAAAUCAGCCUUACAGUCAGCAGUGACCGCAGCCUUCAGUAGCCACAACAAGAAGUGCAAGGGGUCCACUGAAGAGUCGGAGUCUGGGACGGAGUAUGUGUCCAAGUCCGAGAUGAAAGAAGUCCUCCGGGUGUGUGAGGACGCAGUUCGGGAGGGAAUUCUGUCCGAAGUAGGCAACUCCUUCUUCUCCCUCUUCAUCGACCGCAUCGUCCGAAUGGGAGAGGUGGACUACCUGCCCCUCUUCCUCAGGUUUGUCGACAGUUUCGACGUCAUGCGUCUCGAGCUGCUGGGCUUUGUGGAGACUGAUCUGGACUGUGAGGCCAUGUCCCAGCGGCUAUUUGAUCUGGUCACUAGUGAGUGGCGGCUGGACCUGAAGUACUGUAGAGGGCAGGCAUACUUAGGUUCAGGUGAGGUCUCGUACAAACUCAAAGCCUUUGCCUGCAAAGUUCAGGAAAAGCACCCACUUGCAAUAUGCUCCUACAGCUCCUGCUAUUCCUUCAACACGUGGUGGUCAAGGGCAAUUCCUGUUUCCUCAAUUACUAGGGCACUUGAUGUACUAGAAGAGGUCAUGUUGUUUUUUGGCAGUACCCCUGCAUUAGAGAAGCAGCUGGACCAGGUCAUAGGUAUCGGCCUGAGGGAGAGCUUUGAGAAGAUCCACGAGCUUCAAGGCAAAUUUUGCUCUGUUUGGAUGGAAAAGCAUGAUUGCUACGAGGUCUUUGUGCAGAUGCUGGAGCCAUUGGUGGAGUGUCUUGAGAAGAUCCACCUCAACAAACCUCAACGCUGGAAGGCAGCAGAGUCAAGCAAAGCUGGUUUUCUGCUUCGACUCCUUCAGGACUUUGAUUUCAUCUUGCCCAUGGUUGCUCUCAAGAAUGCUUCCUCCUUCACCAGAGAGCUAAGCGCAGGGUUGCAAAAAGACCACUUCAGCGCUGCCUCACAGCUUUGUCAGAUUAGCGGCAUUGUGGCUACCCUAAACAGGGUGAAAACUAACAUCAAAGUUUUCCACCAGAAUUGGUUUGAGGAGGCCUGUGCCCUUGCACAGAGUCUGAAAGUGCAGAUUAAAUUACCUGAUAGUGCAGUUGCAUCAAGGGACGGAAUGGUCAAGCCUGCAACAUAUUACAAAGAAAUGCUCAGUAUGCCCCUGGUUGACAACCUCAUCAGUGCUGUAAAGGACCAUUUCUCAGAUGACCACAAGGAGGCAUUGAACUUCCUGUCACUUGUCCCGUGCUCAGUAACUGUGAGCUAUAUGUUUGAGAUCCUCAAGUCAAAGCCACCUCUUUAUGUCAAUGACCUGCCUGACCCAGACAACUUUUCCACUGAGCUUAGCUGUUGGAGGGUGAAGUGGAAGACCAAAAUGGUGGCAGUCACCAUCCCAGAUACCAUAUUUCAAACACUAAGGCUACCUGUCAUGCAGUAUUUUGCCAACAUUGCUACACUUCUGAGGAUCAUGUGUGUCUUACCGAGCACGGCUUUGGAGUUCUGUGGUGAGACAACUUGCCACAGUAAGUACCAGGAGUAUCUGAAAAAUACUGUCAGUGCAGACAGGACUCCAUGUUUAGCCAUGUUGCAGGUUGGGACCAACUUCAGCAGGGAUCUGGAAAGGAUGGUUGCACAGUGCUUGAAGAUCACACCCAAGACCUUAGAGGGCAUUUGUCUUGAUCAAGAAUCAAAAAAUAUCAUGAAGAAUUCUGAGAUCAAUGCUGCAGAGUACAACACGGAGGAUGGAGAGGAGUUUGAAUCUCGCCUUGCCACAAAUGUAAAGGAUGAGCAGGGGCAGCAGGCAAUUGAUACAAAUGGGCACUCAGGAGACAAUCGGAUGAGCGCAAGGAGACUGUUUCACCAGGCAGCACGUCUGGCCAGGAAGGGCGCAUUCCUUUCAAGCCUGCCAAGGGAUGAUCAGGACGCGCUGACUGAGGAGCUAAGUUUGUGCCACUGGUCACAGGCAGAUGAUGAAGGCUCCAUCAUAACAGACCAGGAGUUCCUUGAAGGCAUUGUCAAGGCUAUCCGUGAGGCUAUCCUUGAAGAAGUACAUGAGUCCCCUUUCUUCUCGGUCAUCAUUGAUAAAGUGGUCACAGUUGCUCUGAAGAGGUACUUGCCCGUGUUUGUGAGGUAUGUUAGUGUCUACACACCAAAGGUAGAGCUGUUGGGUUUCCUUCCCUUGAGUGACAACUGUCAGGGAGAUUCUCAGGCCAAGACCCUGUCACAGACACUCACUGAUGACUGGGGAUUGCAAAUGAGCAGCUGCCGUGGCCAAGCAUACAUGCGAUCAGGGCCAGAGUGUCAAAGCCUCAGGAAAUUGUCGUUGGACUUUCUGGAGAGUUACCCUCUCGCUGUGGUCACACCCAGUGAAUCGUGUGGUAUGGCUCAUUGGCUGGCAGGAAGUCUUCAGUGUGACCACAUAUCAUCCCUCCUUGGCAUUGUUGAAGACCUGCUGCAAUUUUUUUCCCAGUCGCAGACACUGGAGAACAAGCUUGCCGAGACAGUUGAUGGGCUGUUGAACACCCCUCGCGAGGCAUUUGAUGAGAGCCCCGAAACCUGCUGCUCCAGGUGGAGGAAGAGGGAGGACUUCUUUGACGCCCUUGUGGACACGUUGGAGGGGAUUCUGAGCUGUUUGGAUUCAGUCAAUGCGAACAGCGAGGGCAUUUGGAGCAGCAGCAUGGCUCUCCACGCUGGCAUCCUUUCCUCCGGCAUUCGAGGGACAGAGUUUGUGGUUACGUUGGUGAUUCUCAAGAACGCUUGCUCCCCGCUGAAGAACUGUAGCACAGUAUUCCGCUGCGGAAACCCUGCUGACAUCAUGUGCGAGCUGGAGAAGAUCCCACUCAUCAUGGAGUCCCUCAGCAAUAUGCUUGCAAAUGUCGACGCUGUGCACUCUGGUUGGUUUGAACAAGCCUUACAGCUCAUCACAAAGGUUUCUGGCUUGGUCGUUUUUCCCGAGAUGGCAGGUCUGGCCCAGUCACCUGAGAUUCACUACAGAGAGACCAUCACCUUCCCUGUGCUAACGGGUCUGAUUGAGGAAAUGAAGUACAACUUCUCAGACGACCACCUGAAGGCCCUGAAAGUGCUCUCUCUGCUUCCCACUUGUGGCCCACCGCCGGUGGUGCCAGAAUCGCCCGAUCAGCUCCAUGUCAUCUUCCAAGACGAGCUUCCGGAACCGGACACGGCUGAACAAGAUUUCAACACCUGGGCGACUGCAUGGAGGGAGAAACACCAAGAGUUCUCCCCACCAGCUUCCAUCUCGGAGACACUUGUCCACACCGAGUCCAGGAAUAACCCCAACGUGACCACACUGCUGAAGCGGGUGGCCGUCCUGCCGAGUGUCAGCAUGGAGUGUGACCUGAUGAAGAGCUCCCUGAACUCCCUUAAAGGGCUGCUCAAGAACACGGUCUGUCGGGGCAGCCGGACCGACACAGUGAUGCUGCUCAGUCAUCGGCCUGUGUUUCACCUGCUGGAGGAAAUCAUUGACAAGUGCAUUGAUGGUGAACCCGAGAGUCAGUCAUAUCUUACAAAGGUGAAGCAGAGAAUUGACAGUUUUAAACUGAAAAGUGAACUGACUCUGGAAACCAACGGUUCUUGUAAACAAGAGGUGGACAUUGAUGGAUUCCAAGUGAAGGUGAAAGAUGAACAUCCUGUCAUUAAGAUGGAAGACUCUGAGAAUAGUGUGAAACUGCUCUUCUCCUUCUACAGCCCCUCUGUCCGAGAGGAAAUCCUCAAAGAACUUUGGGAUUCUCAGUUCUUCACGGUCAUCAUUGAACAAGAUGUGGACAUUGAUUCUGAGCCGCAUGUCCCUGUCUGCAUCAGGUAUUUGGACAAACAGGUCACUCAGUGCGAAGAGACUCUAGCCUUCAUUCCAGUCAGCACCGACGUCAAAGCUUUUGUAGAUUCCCUGGAGGCAGUCCUGUCAGAAAAGUGGGGGCUAAACAUGGCAUUCUGCCGGGGUCUCUCCCUGCUCUGCACUGGUAGCGUGGGGGAGCAGAUGAAGUUGGCACUGACCUUAUUUUCCCAGAGGUACUCUCAGGUGAUCUGCACCCUCAGCUCUGCCGUUUCCCUCAAUGUGUGGUUGGCACGAAGCUCUCCUGUGGCCAUCAUGGGCACCCGGGGGCACCUGUCGGAGGAGCUGCUGCAGUGGUUCACUGCGGACGUCCAGCGUCAGGCCAGGCUAGAAGACACCAUCGUGUCGCUGUUUGCGCCAGACGAGGCCAAAGGCAACGAGCUUCGGGAUAAGCUGAACUGCAAACACUGGGAGCGCAGUCACAACACGCUGGAUUUUAUGGUGGACAUCUUGGAGGCAGUCACCCUCUGUCUCGGAGAGAUGAGACACGGGACGAGCGGUCAGGAGAGGAGAGACGUGCUGCGUUUUUAUGACACGGUCCAAGAUUUUAAGUUCAUAUUCACAGUGGUGGCCUUGAAGAACAUCUUGAGCAUCACCAAAAACGUAAGUCAAGGUCUGCAAGGAAAGCCUUUGGACAUGUUGCACGCUGUAAACAACUUCCCUGUACUGUCUGUCAUGCUUGAUGAAGUGAAGACAAACUUGUACUCUUGCCAUCAGACGUGGUUCACAGAGGCAGUGACAUUAGCCUCAAAGCUACAGAUUCACUUGCUUCACCCAGCACUGCUGGACUCUUUGAGUGGGCAUUACAGAGAGACCGUAAGUCGAGCGGCUGUCGAGAAGGUCAUCACUGAAAUUGGCGAGCUCUUUCCAGAUCACGUCACGGACGCCAUGCGCUGCCUGCAGGUUGUGCCUUAUGUCCUGUCCAAAUCUGAGGACAACAGUGUAGACGUCGACUUGGUCAAUAUGUUCAGUGAGGACCUCCCUGACCUGGCCUCGUUCUCUGACGAGGCGCAGAAGUGGAAAGCCAAGUGGACGGACUCGAUGGGGGCUCACUUGUACUUGCCCAGCACUGUGCUGGACACCCUGAAGGUGUCAGACAUCAGCUCCUUCAGCAACGUGGAGAUGCUCCUUCGGAUCCUAGUGGUCUUGCCGUUCUCAAGGAGAGAGAGCACAUUCAGGCAGGGGAGGAGAGCCCUGCAGGAGUUCAUACAGCAGCCUCAGAGAAAGCUGUCCGAGCUUCACCCGUUGUAAAGGAAAGGGUCGGCUCAUCCGACCCCACGGCUAUGCUGUGACUACAUUCAUUUUUUGUACUGCUGAGUUUGAAAUCUAUAGCCACUGUACCCCCUGUAAUUGUAGAUCUAAAAUGCAGUAGAUAUGUUUUCUAAAAAAAAAAAAAAAAAAAGUGAUUCAAAAGAGUAUAAUGUAAUUUUUUUCCCCUCUUGUUGGGUUUGUCAGUCUUUUCUGGCUCUUUCUAUUUCAGUUUUUUGUCGAUGCUGUCAAUUUGAAAUUUCCAUCUAUCUUAAGCGGACUGCCUAUUGGGACCAACGUCUUGCCAAAAAGAAAGAAUAAUAUUAAUAAUAAGUUUCCCUCUGAGGACCGUAAACGCUUGUGUGCCUUCAUAUAAAAUCCUACCCCUAGCUCAUGAACGCAGAGGGGUGGGGUAUCUGGAAUGACGGACUGUUCCAUCAGGCUUCAUUGCGAGAAGUUUCGUAGUGUCUUGAGGAACUUUAAAGAACUUUUGUUGCAUCAUUUCCUGAUUGAAAUCUUACUGAAGUCAUUACACUCUCAUACAUCACUGUCAGACUGCAAAGUCAUUUCACAAAGCUGUAUGAAGGUCUCCCUUGGCACAAAUAUGAAAAGUUUAGUAUAAUUUCGAUAUUUGUUUAUUUUUGUUCUGUUUUGUUUAUUGUUUUGUUUUUUAGAUCAGAGUUUUAUUGCAAGAUGUUGAUCUUUAUCAUCACACUUUGAUGGAUGCUGGAAGUCAAAAUAAAAGCUAAAAACAAUGUUUGGAUGAACGUGCAACAGUUAAGGAAGAUGGGGAGUGGCACCAUGAAAACGACUCUUUCAAAAUGAUUAAGGCUAUUAACUAAAGAACAAUAUUAAUGACUGUGCCAAAUCAUUCGAUAGAUAUAAGCACAUAAGCGAAAAUCAGCAGCUAGGUUAUGAAUGAAGUGAUUGAUAUAGCGGCGCUGUCUUAUGUGGUUUGAUAUACGCAUGCAUUGUUUUAUGCUUUUAUUUUAUGUUUUUAAUCAUUGUUUUGGCUCACGGCAUCCAUCACACUAGGCCCCUCUCAAAAACAAAAAAACACAUUCACAUAUAUACACACACAUAUAUAUAUAUUUGUCAAAAUAAAAUUAUUCAAACCAUG